AUGCCUUCUAUGAGGCGCGUCAAAGUCUUUGGACUUCUCAUAUUGCUCGUGGUCGUUACACUUCUUUUCUGGACUGCUUCCCUCCGCCAACAACGGGAACCAGAUUCGAGGACUGUCGGUGACUUCUAUCAGAAGACUGUCAACGGUUUGAACAAAAAGCCAAGUACCAGUGGAUCGACAGGAGGGCUGGGGGGUGAUGAUGACGAAGAGGUUUCGAAGGCAAUGGCGCAGAGGCUGAAGGAGGCGGCGCAAGUUGCGAAAGACAAUGCGAAUGCAAAGGCGCCGAAACCAGAUCCUCCGUCGAGUUUGGUGGGAGUUGGAAGUGCUGCUGAAGGCGCGAGCGAGAGAGGUGUGGCUGGACGGAAGAAGUUCGCCACUGGUGAUGCACAGGCGCCCGUGAGUGAAGAGACGGAGGAGGACCGCAAGGUGGAUGCAGAGCUGAAUAGCAUUAUGAAGAAAUCGCCAAUAAUCAUCUUCUCGAAAUCCUACUGCCCCUACUCCAAGAAAGCGAAGAAGAUUUUUAAUAAAUACAUCAUUGAUCCGGCCCCCUUCAUUGUGGAACUCGAUCAACACCCACUUGGCACUCAACUACAAGCAGCACUAGCGGUGAUGACAUCAAGGAGGACAGUACCCAAUAUCCUCAUUAAUGGUGUUAGUAUAGGAGGCGGUGAUGAUGUUGCGGAGAUGGACAACAGUGAUGUACUUUUAGAGAAGGUCAAGGAUUUGGGAAUGAAGAAGAUUAAUAUUCAACGGCGACCAGAAGAGCCGGAAGAUGAAUCUCAUGGUUUGAGGUAG